CACGACGGCCCGUAAUUGACGCCCUACCCUUAUUGAAGCAGCAGGCCUGAGAGCCGGUUACCGACACGAUGGCCGACCCAUUGUCGUUCUACCUGGAAGACGACAAGACGCAGCCCGGAACUAGAUCCAACUUCAAUGUUGACUACGUGAUCCAUUACAAGCUGCCCACUACCUCGGAGAAAGAGGAAGCUGAGGCUGCUUUCAUCCAGCUUAUCAACGCCCUCUCCGCCGUUGGAUUUGCGACCGAAGUUCGACCGGGCGGGAAAUCAUCCCUGCUUGUCUUCACCAAGAUCGCCUCCGAGAAGCUCCUCACUUCCCAGGUCUACCGGUACCGUAUCCAGGACUGGCUUUUCGGCGUCCGCACCUCUGCACCCAACCAGGAUCUCUCCAAAUACCUUGAGGAGGAGCCCGUGAGCGAGGCCGAACGCCUGCGACUGACCUAUCUUCUCAUCACCAAGUCGAAGAACGAGGGCGGUGCCGGUAUCACCGCCAAGGUUGGCAAGUGGAAGUAUGUCGAUUCCAUCUUUCCCCUUCAUGACCAUGACUUCAACCGCCGAUGGAUCAAGGCGUGGUCCAGCAAGUACUUUCUCGAUGAGGAGGACUUGAACCGCAUCCGGGACAAGUUUGGCGAGCGCGUCGCCUUCUACUUUGCCUUCCUCCAGUCAUACUUUGCCUUCUUGCUGUUCCCGGCUGCCUUUGGCUUUGCCGCCUGGCUCAUUCUCGGCAAGUUUUCGUGGUUCUAUGCUGUGGUCAACGCCCUCUGGUCCGUGGUCUUCUUUGAGCACUGGAAAACCAAAGAAGUCGAUCUUGCCGUCCGCUGGGGAGUUCGCGGUGUUUCGAGAAUCCAGCAUCCCAGGCCGCAGUUCCAGUUCGAAAGGGAAGCACAGGAUCCGGUAACCGGUGAGAUCGUUCGCGUGUACUCACCUUUCAAGCGUCUCGCUCGCCAGUUGCUCCAGAUUCCAUUCGCCCUGGCUUGUGUUGUCGUCCUUGGUGGCUUGAUUGUGAGCUGCUUCUCGAUUGAGGUCUUCAUCACCGAGAUCUACACCGGGCCUUUCAAGCAAUACUUGACCUUCUUGCCUACGGUCCUUCUCACCAUCUUCAUGCCGACCUUCUCGGGACUGCUCACCAACCUCGCCGAGAAGCUUACCAAAGCAGAGAACUAUGAGACACACGAUGCUCACCAAGCUUCCUUCAUUGAAAAGAUCUUUGUGCUCAACUUCAUUACUUCGUAUCUUCCUAUAUUCUUGACGGCCUUUGUCUACGUCCCGUUCGGCAAGCUUCUUGUCCCUUAUUUGGAUGUGUUCAAGGUCACGGCUCAAAGCUUCACGACCAUGGAGAAGCCGGUCACCAAGAGCUGGGAGAUCAAUCCCGACAGGCUGACAACGCAAGUCAUCUACUUCACUGUCACGGCACAGAUUGUCAACUUCUUGACCGAGGUUAUCGUGCCAUAUGCCAAGCGCAAGGUAUUCAAGAAGGUUCAGGAGGUGCAGUCCGAGUUUACCGGCAACGGCCACGAGCUCCAGAUCAAGGACCAUCCCGACGAGGCCGACUUUCUCAAGCGUGUCAGAAACGAAGCUGAGCUCGACGCAUACGAUGUCACAGUUGACUACCGCGAGAUGGUGGUUCAGUUUGGUUAUCUGUCGCUCUUUUCCGUCAUCUGGCCGCUUGCCGCUUGCUCCUUCCUCGUCAAUAACUGGGUUGAGGCCCGCUCCGAUGCCAUGAAGAUUGCCAUCGGCAGCCAGCGGCCCGUCCCUUGGCGUGCCGACUCUAUCGGACCCUGGCUCAACUCGCUCGGCUUCCUCUCGUGGCUCGGCAGCAUCACCAGCGCCGCUCUGGUCUACCUGUUCAACAAGCAUGACAUCAACCCCGACGGCACCCCCUGGGACAUUUCCGCCUGGGCGCUGCUCCUGUCCAUCCUCUUCGCCGAGCACAUCUAUUUUGCCGUGCAGCUGGUCGUUCGCAGCCUAGUCCAGAAGCUGGACAAUCCCGGUCUGCAGAAGGAGCGCGCCGAGCGGUACGCCCUGCGCAAGAAGUUGCUUGAGCAGACUUUUGGUUCUCACGGGUACGAUGCCGAUCUCACGGAAGAGGCCCGGGGUCCGGGAUACGUGAGCAGCGGUGAAAGGAUUACGAGGGAGGCGCUCGAGGAGGAGGCCAGAGUCAACGCUACCAAGACGCCGGAGCAGUUGUUCUGGCUGCGCCAAAGAGGCGCGGCGGAAACCAUUGAGAUCGGACGGGGUUUGAUGGCCGAGGUCGCGGCGGCCAACCAGACCAAAUCGUAAAAGGCCGACACGGCGACCACACAAAACACUGGCAUGCACUGACUGUUUGCCAAGUUGAUGGAUAGCGAUGGGCCACCUAACAUAGACCGUAUCAUGUCGGUAUUGUGUGGGGAGGUCUUGGUAUGCGGAGUGGUGGUGGAACCGGUUCCCUUUCAACGUGGGCACAUUUAGUUCAUGAUGGGAGGGGAGAGGAGACCUGGAUGAAUCGGGUGACGGCGAUCGUAGGUAAGACUGUGAUACGGGGUGCUGGACGCAGGUGCAGAAGAGGUGGAACAAUACAUAAUAAAACUUCAGUAAUAAAAAGCAUAUUCACGUGAGCGCGUGUUGAUAUCUUCACGUUCAAGUCUCAAUGUUUAC